UUCACUUGUCUCUGACGAAGAGGUAAUAUACUUUUAUAAAAUGACACCAGGAAAACAAGCUAAUGUUAUUUAUUCUACGGAAUACGAUAAAAAUUUGAAGCCUUUUUUGCUUUUUGCGCAUGCAUUUGCAGGUUGCGACACUACAAGUGCAAUUUUUAAAAAAGGAAAAAAAAGUAUAAUAUCUUUAUUGAAAAAAAAACCUGAUUUGCAAGCUCUAAUUUCUGUUUUCUAUGAGUCUAAUCGUUCAAUUGAGGAAUUAUACGCAGUAUCUGAAAAAAUUAUAUUCCAUAUCUAUGGUCAAAGUAUUACAGAUGAACUGACACUUGGUGAAUUAAGAUAUAGGAUAUUUUCAUUAUCGGCUGCUGCUUUUAAAAAAGAAGUUAUCUUAGCUUCUUUACCACCGACUGAAUCAGCCCUACGAGAACAUACAAAACGAGUGUAUUAUCAAAUUCAACAGUGGUUAGGCAACAAUCUAAAUCCGGACGAUUGGGGUUGGAGAAGAACCUUAUUUAUGAUGAUACCUAUCAUGUCAAACGCGGAACCAGCACCAAAGGAGUUAAUAGAUAAAGUUUCUUGUAGCUGUAAAACGAAUUGUUUAUCAGCUCGAUGUGGUUGCAAAAAAAGUGGUUUAAAAUGCAAUAAAUUUUGUAAAAGUUGCCAAGGCCAAAGCUGUGAUAACGCUUCUGCAAGAUCGUUUAAUCUUGAGGAUGAUGAAAAUGAAGAUAAAGAAGAUGAAGAAAGAGAUGAUAGUGAUGAUGAAAAUGAUGAUGAUGGAAAUGUUUAUGAGGAUGAAAAUGAUGGUGAAGAAGAAACUACUGUCGAAGACGGAGAACAAGAAAAUGAAGCUAUAUGUACAGGACGUAAAACUGUUAAAAACACUCGUUCAAAAGUAUCCACACAAAAGAUUUUUUGUGGUUGUAGAACCAAUUGUGCAUCAGCAAGAUGUAGUUGUAGAAAAAGUUCUCUCAAAUGUAAUGAAUUAUGCAAGUUUUGUCAUGGUGAUACAUGCAAUAACAGUAUAAAUGCAGGCGUUGAUACCAAUGAAGAUAGUGAAUAUGAGACACAUACAAAAGCUAACGAUAAAGACGAAGAAACACCUACUGAAGAAGAAAACGAAGGAAGCUCAACUGUUAGAGACAGCAGUCCACUUGAUGAAAUUUAUAUUAACUUUGAAAAAUUUUAAUAUAAUUUUUGGAAUUGCAAAAUCUAUAUUUUUUUAUUUAUUAUAUAAUUAGAGAAUCAAUUACUCUUAGGAAGUUUCUUCAAAUUUUUUUAAUUGUAAUACAAUUUUGUAAUCUAUUAAAAAAAAAAAAA